CUUAUUGUGUUUAAUCAUUGCUUUAGGGCGGGUUUUAUAUCAAUUCCUGAACACUAGAUGGUAGGAGUGGACUUCUCCUUAAAACGGGCCUCAAUACUAGCAAUACUCGCCUGGCUCAACCCCAAAUGUAUUACUGUUCCCUAACACAAUCGUCCUAGGUAGUGAGUGGAAUAAUAAGGUAUGCACACCUCCUAGUGCCCUACAUCUCGGAUUGGGACUGAACCUGACCCGGUGGCGACAUUCCAGCGGAUGGAUGGAUGAUCAUCCUCUAUCAUCCUGUCCUGUGAUGGAAACGGUGUAAAAUCAGUCUUACACAAGACAUCAAGGUCUUUAAAUGGCUUGAGUCUAAACCUAGUGUAUCCAGAGACUUUGUGAAUUCUACAUUUUCACCUCUCGUCUUUACACACUACUGAAUACCAAGACAAAUCCCCGCAAACAUGCCGCUCGGAUUGGGCCGAAGGAAGAAAGCAUCUCCGCUGGUGGAAAAUGAGGAAGCCGAGCCGAUCCGUGCCGGGCUCAACGUCGAUGGACUCGACAGCGGCCGGAUCGGAAUCGCCGAAGGUGUGACGCAGGAGGGGCUUCCUCCUCCGCCGACUAACCUGCGACCUCGUCUUAUUUUCCAUACCCAGCUGGCACAUGGCAGCCCCACAGGUCGUAUCGAGGGAUUCAGUAACGUCCGUGAGCUCUACGCCAAGAUCGGGGAGGCCUUCGCGAUCCCUCCGGUAGAGGUCAUGUUUUGCACACUGAACACCCACAAAGUGGACAUGGACAAGCUGCUAGGCGGUCAGAUCGGCCUGGAGGACUUUAUCUUCGCUCACGUCAAGGGCCAGAGGAAAGAAGUAGAGGUGUUCAAAGGCGAAGACGCGCUAGGACUCACGAUCACUGACAAUGGCGCCGGCUACGCGUUUAUUAAGAGGAUAAGAGAGGGCAGCAUCAUCCAUCAGAUCCAAAUCAUCAACGUCGGAGACAUGAUUGAGUCCAUCAACGGGCAGACGCUCAUCGGGUGUCGGCACUACGAGGUGGCGAAGAUGCUCAAAGAAUUACCCAGGGGCAAAAACUUCAUCUUGAAGCUGGUGGAACCACUAAAGGCCUUUGAUAUGAUCAGUCAGCGCUCAGGGCGGAGAGCGGGCUCAGGGGGACAGCUGGGUACAGGCAGAGGGACACUAAGACUGAGAUCGAAAGGACCGGCAACAGUGGAGGAACUGCCCUCAGCAUUUGAAGAGAAGGCGAUUGGAAAAGUUGAUGAUCUGCUGGAGAACUACAUGGGGAUCCGGGAUAGUGAGCUCGCUGCCACAAUGGUGGAGUUGGGCAAAGACAAAAAGAACCCAGACGAAUUUGCGGAGGCUUUGGACGAGACACUCGGCGACUUCGCCUUCCCGGAUGAGUUUGUGUUUGACGUCUGGGGCGCCAUCGGUGAUGCCAAGGUCGGUCGGAUUUGAUCCCGAACACGGCGGGACUGUGGUGGAGGUGUGUAAGGGAGUUUGUACUGUUACUACAGAACUAGACUACAGAGUGAGUUUUACACUAAAACCCUACAGCUGUCUGCAGUCUGGACAUUCUCUUGGAGCGGGCUUUUAAUUUGUUUUUUUUUGUUUUUUUUUUAUGCAAUAUAGUGACCUGCAUUGCUCUGACACUAAUGUGGAAUAUGAAUGUUGAGUUUCCCCCAGGAUUGGUUUAGAUACUUCAGAUAAACGCUAUGAGAAAAUCUGUAGGUUACACGUCUCUCUCUCUCCCUCCCUCACUCUCUCACUUUCUCUGUCUCUUUAUAAAACUGUGACGUUUACUUUGCACUGUUACUGUUACGAACUGCACUGCCACGCCAUGUUCGCUCCCCAACAUACACACACUCAGCCCUUUGUGCAUGCGCAGUGCAGUUCUGGACCACUUUAUAAAAUGUAACACUACAGCAUGUUUAUCAUGUUUUUAUAUUCUUCACGUUUUCUCCCUUAUAUGAUGAUUCUGUUCCUCACAUUUUCCUUGAGAUAAUCAGAACUUCAUAAGUGUUCGAAUGUCUGUCCAGUUACAGUUCACAAUUUUUUUUUUAAAUGUGUUUUUUUGUCCCAUUAUAUGUUACAGUUAUGUUUGAUGGAGUAUCUGCAAAAUGUGUAGGAUGCAAGUGACCAAAUGGAUGAUAAAAAAUGCUGUUGUUUUCUGAAAAAGGAGAAGAAUUAGCUGCAUGUCGUUAAUGUGAAGGAAAGGGGUUAGUAUGAGGUUUCUCCCGUACAUCUCUAAGCAAAACAAGUAUUAAAAUUUAAAGUAGAUGUUGCCCUUAGUAAGAGUAAGAAUCAGAUCAGGACUAGCUAAUAGUUCGCUAAAUACCUCAGGUAAGCCAUAGACAUUUAUUAAGGCAUGAAAAGUAGGCUUGUGUGAUAUAAUGUCAUCAUCCCUAUGCGAUGUUACACACGGACAUGUAUCACAGAUUAAGUGUGUUUUUUUUUUUUUUUUGUACCUGAUUUUUAUUUAUUUUUGCUAAUAAUAAUUACUUAAGCAGGUUUUUGGAGGAGAUAAAAUAGACUGACAAACAUGUCAGAUUUAACAUUCUACAAAUAUUGGUGUUUAUCGGCGGUUGGCAUCCACUAUGUUCGGAUUUUUCCCCAAUUUUUCUAAUUUUGUUGUGGCCAAUUCCUCCCCGACACUAGGGGGCUUCCACAUUCAGGCUACUACUACCAUUCAACCGGGAGGGCCGAAGACUAUCACGUGUUUCCUCCAAAUCGCGUGAGGCCAGCCGACCGCAUCUUUUCGAACUGCUUGCUCGCGGAGUAACACACUUGGAGGAGAGCGCUAGCCACUCCUUCCGCGUGCGCGAGCUCACAGACGCCCCUAAUUGGCUGUAGAGCCGUGAUUAAUGUGGGAGCCCAAAGUACCCCUCAUCCCUCCUCUCUGAGAGAGCUCAGCCAAUCAGCUAGACCUCUGGCUGUGAGAGGUAACAGCAUCACCUGGGGAUCGAACCCACUGCGCCACUCGGAGGCCCUGGCAUCCACUAUGUUACAUUACCGCCACCUUCUGGUCCUGUUCUCCGUUAUCGUCCUUUCAGUUUAAAUUUUUACAUUAGGGUCCAGUGAUCAUUUCCGACAUUGAUCCAUGAGUACAUAUUCGUUCUGCACUCUGGAACCAGGAACGGAUUAAAUCAGAAAUGGAAGCCGCUGAUCAGACCGCUGUUUAUAUUUAACAUCAUCAGUGCCGCCUGUCUCCUCCGAAAUCUCGUCGUGCAUCAUCUUCUGACCUACACAGCCGUAGCUCAUAAAAUAGGAAGACAUGCAAGACCUGAUUAUUUUUUACUGAAAUAUCUUUAAUAUGAGGGAUAGUGUGUUAGAGUUAACUUUCCUGUUCUCUUCUUUGAAGUUCAAAGGCAACUCACAAACCAAUAGUGUGAGGGAGAAGGGAGGAGCAGUUGUUUUCUGGGCACGUUACAAAUACAUUUGUACCUAAUGUGAAAAUACCCUAUGUUACAUUAUCGGACCCGUUGAUGUUUUGCACAUGAGCUCUUUCCAACGUACUCUCAAAGAUUUCAAGUGUGAAUAGUAAUAUAAUAUUUUCUCCCUAAUAAAACUAGAAAAAAAUUAAUCUGAAAUUAGUCACAUUCUACUGCGCAGUAAAUUGUCUCUUCUACAUUAGUGGCCUCUUUUGUUUUCCCUUAGUACCAUACCAUUAUGGCAUCUGCUCAUAAACAACCAUUUUUGGACAAUGUAAAAAUACAGGGUGUCUCAAACUAUUUAACGUCAUUUGAAAUAUGAAUAUCUGAGUAACUACAUGUCCUAGGCAAACGAAAUUAAAUAGGCUUCAUGCUGAAAAACAAAAAAUAUAUUUAUCAAAAUUCAAACAUUUUCAAACGGAUAUAGAUUUUAUAACCAAUUUUACAAAGGUUGUGACACAACAUGCGUCAAUUCGGUAGUCUGGCUCCUCUGAAGCAUAUCUUACAUAUUUAGGCUUGGAAGAAGAGGAGGGGUGAAGACCAGUCCUUUCACAUCACAAGGUGACAAGUCAGGUGAACGUGGUGGCCAUUUGAACAGUAUAUUGUCAUCAUCACUAAAAGAAAAAGUAAAAAAAAAAGUUAAACAUAAAUUUUACUUAGUUUUUACACAUCUUGUUAAAAUUUGAGAUCAUUUGAGCGAUAAUUGGCCAUGUUGUUAGUAGAUGAAAUGAUGUAAUUUUUUUUGGGACACCCUGUAUUUUAUGUAGUAUUGAGGAAUAAUGUUAAGCCACACAGUGAUCUAUGAAUCAUUCAAGCAUAUAAAAACAAACAAAUAAACAGGUGCAGAUGAUCAGGCCAGUGAUUAGUAUACUGCUGAUGCUAAGUGUUUGGAAUAGACGAAAAGGGAAAUGAGUUGGUGCUGAGGUUUUUAAAUUGUAUUUUUAGGCAUUUAGGGUCAGGACUUUUGUACAGUUACUGUAUGUAUACAUAGCAUCAGUUAGCUUUGUUUUAAUAUGUACCUGAUUUAUUAUUUUUUUUUUGUUGCUAAUAAUGGUCUCUGAAGCAGGAGAUUAAAUAGACUGACAAACAUGUCAGAUUUAACAUUUUACAGAUGUUGGUGUUUACCCGCGGUUGGCAUCGACUAUGUUACAUUACCGCCACCUUCUGGUCCUGUUCUCUGUCAUCGUUCUUUCAGUUUACAAUCCCGUCGCCCGUUAAGAAACCCAUCCAAUACAUUCCUCCUUGUCCUUAGCAUGUUUACGAGUAAUGUUAACGGUGAUAAUAACCGCAAUUAGAAAAUUAUCAAAUAUGGAGGGUUUUUUAUUACGUGAAAUUGUUUUAUUAAUAUUUCACCAGUCACAUGAUCAAAAACUGAAAUUUUGUUACAGGAUUACAUGUUGUUUUUCUGACUCUUAAAUAAUUCAUUACUGAAAUUCCAUCAUCCAGGUGAAGUUUCACGGUUGAUCAAGAUCACGAAAGCUCGGCUAAUAAGACAGGGUGAGCAUAAAAUUCUUUCCUGGUUACAGUAUGUAUUAUCUCGUUAAAUAUUGUGCUAGAUAGAGACACGAUUGCUGCAGCAUUGCUUUGACCAAUUAAUAUAUUUUUGUAUGUGAUUGCAAUAAACCAUUGGUUUGUAACUUUGGAAAGACUUUAUGCUCACCUUGUGUUAUAACACUUACCUGUCUUAUCCUUUAAGCAGAAACUUCUAUUUGUAGACCAUCGGUUCUUUAUGAUUUUAUAGUUUUUCAGUAUUUUAUAUUUUAAAAAUGGCAAGUCAUGCUUAACAAAGAAAAUUGAUAUCACACAAGCCUGCUCAGAAACAAAAGUAAAAAAAAAUGCAAAAAAAAAAAAAAAACAUUUCAAUUGAUGCUUCUUUUUCAAGUUGAGCAUCAUUUAAAAAAAAAAUACACCAAAUGAUGAACACCAUAAGAAUGCGCUGCAUCGAUGAAACGUCACAGAAUUCCCAGAUGGACAACAUUUCUCCUUCCCGUUUUACCACCGGUCGUUUAAGAGCAAAGAUGUAGAAUUAAUAAUAAGCUGUUAUCUAAUGCCAAAUCAAGGAUCAGUAUUAAACUGUUAUUCAUGCAAUCUAUCAAGCACAGUAUUGUAUUUAGUCUAAAUAUCUCAGCUAUCUCUAAACCGGUAUUAUUAAAGUGUUGUUAGAGAGCGGUAGUGAGGGUGGUUGAAAGGUCACUGCCUUUAAAGCAAACAGCUAGCAAGUGUUUAUUUCAUUCUCUCUCAUUAUUGAGGUUAAGGACAGGGCUUGUGUUGUUCACGUGUUUAUGUACCACACUGUUUUUAUCUUAUGUAUGUAGGUGGAUUUUUUUUUUUUUUUUUUUUUUAACGUUUUUGCUUUUGCUUUUUAACAUUCUGUUGUUGAUGCUCAGCUUAUUUCCGUGUAUUACAGAUCGAAUGUCUUUUUAAAGAAAAAAAUCAAUGCUGUUACAAACACUGUUCUGGUUUCAAUGUUACACUGUUGAAAUGUCUCGAUGUACUGUUAAAGUGCAAUUACAGGGUCGUCUCACCUGUCCAAGCUUGACAUGUUUACUCAUUACACCCAUUUCUCAGCAUCAAUAAACAAACCAGCUAAUGUGG